CGAACGCGCAUCAAAUUAGCAUCGAUGAAGUUUGUGCGAACAUGGCGGAUUUCCUGCCGACCAGGUCCGUGCUAAAAGUUUGUCUACCCGUCUGCUUUCUGAACACCGGAGAGGUGGAACAACUCCGAAAGUCCAAGCAGAUCGACCGAUGUCUCUCCCGGGAGAAAACGUACGUGAAGCGGCUGGUGAAGAUCCUGCUGCUCGGCGCUGGCGAGAGCGGCAAGUCGACUUUCCUCAAACAAAUGCGGAUCAUCCACGGCCAGGACUUCGACCAGCAAGCGCGAGAGGACUUCAGAGCCACGAUUUACAGCAACGUUAUCAAAGGUGUCCGCGUGUUGGUGGACGCCCGGGAGAAGCUGCACAUCCCGUGGGGUGAGCCGGACAACCAGAAGCACGGGGACAGCCUGAUGGCCAUCGACACCCGGUCGGCGAAGAUGGCCAGCGGGCGGCUGGAGACGUCCGUCUUCCUGCGGUACCUGCCCGCCAUCAGAGCUCUGUGGGACGACUCGGGCAUACAGAACGCAUACGACCGUCGUAGGGAGUUUCAGCUGGGUGAGUCAGUGAAGUAUUUCUUGGAUAAUCUGGAUAAGCUCAGCGAUCCGGACUAUGUUCCCACUCAGCAGGACAUCCUGCUGGCUCGCAAACCCACCAAGGGCAUCCACGAGUACGACUUUGAGAUCAAGAACGUCCCGUUCAAGAUGGUGGACGUGGGGGGGCAGCGGUCGGAGCGGAGGCGCUGGUUCGAGUGCUUCGACUCGGUCACCUCCAUCCUCUUCCUCGUGUCCUCCUCCGAAUACGACCAGGUGCUGAUGGAGGACAGGCAGACCAACCGGCUGCGCGAAUCGCUCGACAUCUUCGAGACCAUCGUCAACAACCGCGUCUUCGUCAAUGUGUCGAUCAUCCUCUUCCUCAACAAGACGGACCUGCUGGAGGAGAAGGUGAAGAGCGUUCCGCUCAAGGACUACUUUCCAGAGUACACCGGGCAGGAGCACGACCUGCCGGACGUCCAGGCGUUCAUGGUGGAGUGCUUCCGGGCCAAGAGGCGCGACGCCACCCAGAAGCCCCUGUACCACCACUUCACCACGGCCAUCAACACGGAGAACAUCAGGCUGGUGUUCCGUGACGUCAAGGACACCAUCCUCCACGACAACCUCAAACAGCUCAUGCUCCAAUGACCCCUGUCGACCUGUGAAAGUAGAGGACCUGAACGGGGACAGACCACCACCACCACCCCCCCCUCCCCCCACCCCCCCUCGCUCCUGACGAGGACUCGGAAAGAGGACCAGCCUCAGAAGAAUCCGUUAGACGUCAGCAUUCUUCUCCAGCCGUUUUUAUAUUAGUUUUUACCCUCCUCUUUUGAAGAGUCGUCUUCUUGUUAGUUAAAGGGUUUGGUAGGGGAACAGACUGUCUGUGGUUAUACAGAAAGACAGGCGGGAGGUUCAGAUGUUGGAUAACAUCUGAUCCCUGUUGCUUCGUCUCGAGACUCUCUCCUCUGGCCCCGAGCGCCUGGCUGCGGAAAACCUGCGAAACUUUUUACAAACCGGGCACAUGGUCUCUGAACCAGAUACACAACCUGCCGAAGCAACAGAUACAGGAACGACGAUGUCUAGACAACAUGGAAGCAAAAGAGUUAAGGCGGUCAAAAUGCAAUCAAUGUUGAUUUGCCAGUUUGUGUCCAAAGCACUGAAUUCAUCUAGUCCCACAAAAAAAAAAAUCACUCCACUAUUUCUGUUGCACCCUCCAGUGCUGCUUAGCGAACAUGGUUUCUAAGCCCCCCCGCACAGUUGUUUUGUUAUCGCGUAACACCGCCCCUCCCUCUUCUCGUCCCACUCAUCACCUUUUCUCGUGCCUUCGAGACAUUUUUGCCAGGACAAGGACCAGUCCAUUGAUGGCGGGAAAAAAAGCGUUCAGAAAGUUCAAUAUUUUAUGUGGUAAAUGGCUCCAGCACUGGCACCUUUUCUGAGGGGAAAAAAUGCAAGAAAGGGGCACAAACCACAAUACUGAACCUAUAAUGUCUUAUGUAGGCCUAAUCACUGUUUAAAUCCUGCAUUUGUGCCUGUUGCCUCUAUAGAAUUAAAGCCUUCAACAGAUGGCUAAGAUGCAAGUUCCCAUGCAAGUUGUCCUUUUUGUUUUUUGGCCAUUCCGAGGACAAAAAUUACCUUGAAUGGCGCAUGAGGCAGUCGUGCCAUCAAGUGAACAUGCAGUCCACUGUUUUCUCAGGGUUGAAUCAAAACCAGCGUUGAUGCUGAAGUCGUCGUUGGUGAACUAACUGAAUAAUUUAAUCUUUGUCUGGGUGGCCAGGCCUCAGUACAGUUAGCUGGGUGGUGUUUGGUACUGGAUCCUCCUGGCUUUGACCCAGAAUCUCCUCUCUCUCUGUUUCCAUCUCUGAUUAGAUGCCUUGUAAAGGGACAGACUGAAAUGAUGAAUGUCUGUUCGUAGACGUAGAGAGAUUUACUCUAGAUUGUCUGAAUAUACUGUAACUGUGACUCCAGGCGUCUCUGAAAAACCCUCGAAGGUUUGUUUGUGUUUUAUACGCCAACUUGACCUAUUUAGGAGUUUUUAAAAAAAGGCAUUUUAAAUUUCUUGAAAGAACAAUGUAGACAAGAAAAAGCUACUGGAGCGACUGUAUUCUUUAGGGGGCCAAUUCUUUUUAGAGGACAAUUCCCAGGCACUGUUUGAAUCUGUAUUUCUAAUCCAAAUCACCCCAUGCUUUCUUGUGACUGUUCACAUUCUCUUCCCAAAUUAAGCGCCUGUGAGCGUCUAUUUGCUUCUAGUUCUGGCUUUGUACAUACUGUAAUCUGUUGCCGUGUAAAUAAUAGUCAGGUUUAUCUCCGUAUAUGUAAAUGGUUGUAGAAAUGGAUUAUUUUGUUUUUCAAAUCACUGCUUUUCCAAUGAAGAUUACCUUUUUUUUUGAUUAGGAUGUGUUGUCUUAUUGUUUUCAUCACCUUCUUGAAAUUCAUUCCUGUGCCAAGUCUCAUGCCACUCUAACCCUAUCAAUAAAAUACACUUUUCUAAUGAAAGUAGACCAUCUUUUUAUUAAUUUGACCUCGAGUAUUUUGCCUCUUCAUGAUUAACAUUGGCCCAAAAAAAUGCGAGAAGAUAUGUUACAAAAUGAACAAUUGUUUUGUAUUUCUACAUUAAAUGUACACUUCAACUAAACAUUUUUUUGACAUAUUUUAUAUUAUAAGUUGGCAGUCAUAUACAAGGUGUAAUAUGAUUUAAAUGAAUGUUAUUUCAUAUAACAUACAUGUGAGGUGCUUUUAUUGAGUGUGAAC